AAAUGAUCGUUGUGACGUCAUGGUAAAUCCGUCUCAGCGGAUGUUGAUUCCCGUCAGGAGGGUCGGACUGUUAACGUCAAACAUUUCAGUCACACCGCGGGCAGCUGCGUUUCCCCAAACCCAGGUUGUGGCACGGUUGCUCUUUUCUGUAAGGGGAUUUUUGCCUUUGCCCAGUACAACCAGUGUGACAGUCCAAAGAAGAGUUGUGAGUGGAGCUCCGUGUCCAACCCCUUUCCCUGUACAGACAUCCGGCCAGUAUGUCCAGUGAUCCUCCUCCUCCGUACCCCGGAGGCCCCAGUGCUCCGCUCAUUGAGGAGAAGAAUGGGCAGCCAGUAAUCAGAAGUGCUCCUCAAGGACAGCCCCAGCCUCCAGACUACGGUCCUCCGCCAUAUGAGGCCCCACAUCCAGGCUUCCUCCCCCCACAUGUCCCUGGAGAAGGGCCCAUGCCUAUGCCUAUGCCUAUGCCAAUGCCACCACAAGGUGGUCAUUACCCACCUCCACCCGGGCACUUUCCUCACCCCAUGCCUGGACAGAUGGGUCCUGGUCCCAGUCACUUUGUCAACAUGGGGGGCCACACAGCGACUGUGUUGGCUCCUCCAGGAGCAGCCACCACUGUGACAGUACUGCAGGGGGAAAUGUUCCAGACCACGCCAGUGCAGACUGUGUGUCCACACUGUCAGCAGGCCAUCGUCACCCGCAUCUCCCACGAUGUCGGCCUCAUGAACACACUCUUCUGCCUCUUCUGCUUCUUUGUAGGGUGUGAUCUUGGCUGCUGCUUGAUCCCCUGCCUGAUUGAUGACCUCAAGGAUGUGACACACACCUGCCCUUACUGUAAGGGCUACAUUUACACAUAUAAGCGUAUAUGCUAACCACCGACAGCUGUUUGCUACAGAGACAUGUACACAAAUUCACAGCUCCUCCUGCUGGUAGUGACAGCCCCCCCCCUUCCAUUUUUGCAAAGUGUUGUGUAACCCUCUUCCAUUGUAACUGCAGUUUUUCUCAUUUGUUCACAUAUUUACUGUAUAUAGGCCUCUUUAACUUAAAGCAUACUGCUUUCAUGUACAAAGAUGCAUUUGUCUCAUGGAGCAACAGAAGAAUAAAGGCGCUUAAACAUCCACAGAGGCAGCAGGCACGCCUGUAUGUAAAAACAGGAGAAAGGUUCGUAAUGUUACGCAUGUAAGUGGCAAAAAAAAAAUCCUACUGAUAAACAGUCAGCCUCAUUUAGGAAAAGCUGUGAAAACAGUCACUUUAUUUAUUUGGAUUCAUCUGAGUCUAGCCUCUGCAGGUGUAUUGAAGUAAAAUAUGAUCAUCCUGUGUAUUUGUUUUAUUUAUGUUAUAUUCACUGUUUAACAUGAUAAUACUGUAUUAAGAACUGUGAACAUUUCAGUCCAUGUUUGUUAAUUUUAUUCUAAUGGACCUAAUGUUUCCUUAUUUCACCAUCCCUUAUUGAAUGUGAGUUAACUAAUCAUUUCAUCUUGUUGAACUAAUGCAUAUGCUCGUUUUGGGAAUGCCCAAGGCUGAUAUUACCUGCGAUAUUACGGUAUUAAUAGAAUUUUCUGGGCUCUAGUGAGUGGUCACAAAAUGUUCAGUGAUUUGUAAAUGAGCUGUUCAGUGCCCGCUCUUCAGGAUGUAUCUAAUUUUUGAUAAUAAAGCAGAUAUGUGCACUUUAAUUUAGAAAUUUGCAUUUAACCCUCUAAUGCAUUUAUAUGAAGGAAAAAAUACUUAUGCUAAUCAAGGGUUCUCAGUUUUUUGAUUUACAUGGUCCUCAGAUUAGCAAAGACCUGACCUUGAGGUUUUUAUGUUGAUUUGUUGUUUGCUAAUUGAUGAACGUCGAGUUAAAACCAACAUUUAUGCACUCCUGAGUUUAGUAAAAUAGGAGCUAGCAGACUGAGGAUUUAGUUUUUCUAACAGAAAAAAAAACUGCAUGUCAUCUCAGUGUGUCCAAUUCAGGUCUUGUUUCUGACGUACCAGGUCACAAUAGAUCAUCCUCUCACUGGUACGGCUGAUUUAUUCUUGAUGCCACAAUAAUCAUAGAAAAGUGUGUAAGUGGCACUGUCAUCACCAAGCCUCCUAAUAUGGUAUCAGCCCUUUAAGAUGACCUGCGCUGCUCAGAUGCAUGUUAGAUGACAAAUACAAAUGUCUUAGACUAAUACU